CGCAAAUUAAGCUUUGGCAUUUCUACUUUGUUGGAGAAACAUGGCAAUCCCCAACUUCAUUGUGCUCCUCAUCCCAGCUGGUGUUAGUAAGUCUUAUUUAUGCUGCCAGGCCGACGGUUACCUUGGUUACGGAGACGAAAGCGUGUUCAGCCCUCUCGUGAAGAUCGCAGUCGAAAAAUCAACAGUGAACAACAACUACGUUCACCUCCGAUUUACUUACAACAACAAAUAUUGGCAAAAAUCCAGAGACAACAACAACCUCGUCACGGCAUCAAACCAGCCAGUGGAGGACACGACGGACCCGUUCUGCACACUCUUUGAGCCGAGCGUGACACCGGGUCAUGUGAAGUUCACCCACGUCCAGACCGGCUUGCCCGUGCUGUACAUCUACGUUCCCAGCAGUUUGUACAUCGGCGGAAACUUUGGCACCGGGACAUUUGGGAUGACGGAUGGGGAUGCGUUGGUUAAGAUGCCUAAGCAUAUAACCCUGAAAGGAGACAACGGGAUGUACCUCAAAGCUAUCGAAAGAUAUGGCGCGCGCCUACAGUUCGGAUCCAACGAUGCAACCGAUAAAUUAUCGGCCCACACUGUGACACUGAUGCCCGACGGACACGUGCGGCUACAUUCGGAUUAUUUUGGCAAGUUCUGGUUAAUGGCUGAUUCUGAUUCCGGUUUGGUAUACGGCGAUUUUAAUGAUGAUCCGAAUUUUUUUUAUACCACUAUCUUCCAGCCGAUUAAAAUCGACGACAACACCAUAGCGCUUCGAAGCACGGUCAACAAUGACUUUUGCAUACGUUACUCAGACGCAAAUGUGAGCGACUGUCUAGCUGCACGGGCCGACUACAUCCGGACAUCGUCGAGAAUGCAAGUGCAGGAGCUGGUGAUGCACAGGAAGAUCUACAACGUGAUUUAUCGGAUGGGGGACGCGAGGAUAUAUGGCGAGACUCCUUUUUUGGCCGGCACUACUACCCUCACCAACAACAAGGAUCAAGUGGAUACCAUGAGUGUGGAGAUCACAUAUCAAGACCAGAAAUCUUAUACUUUUAGCCGCGGCUUUUCGCUGAAAGCAGGGGUGACCGCCACCAUCGAAACAGGGGUGCCCUUCGUAGCCGAGGGUAAGAUUGAAGUUUCUUUUGAGAUAAGCGGGUCGUUUCAGUGGGACACCACCACAACCACUACGACUAGUGUCACGGCUCAGGGCUCGGUUCCUGUGCCGGCAAACAGUACGGUUACAGUUCAUUAUGUUGGGACAAGGGGCACUUGCAAUGUCCCUUACAGUUACACUCAACAAGAUCAAAGCUCCACCACCGGUGAAAUUACAUAUGAGGAUCAGACUGAUGGUAUAUAUCAGGGAGUCAGUUAUUACAACUUCGACUUUGUAGUCGAAUAAUCGAUCUCAACAUGGACGUCUACAUCAACAUCAUCGAUCACCUUUGCUUUUUCAUCUUCGUUUUCAACUUCAGAGGUUAAUUACUAACCUCCCAUGUAUCUUACGUGCUGUUCGUUUGAUACUAUGUUUAUUGUAACCAUCUUCCUUAAUACUAUCAAUAAAGAUCGAUUCAUCUCUUACUAAGUAA